AUGGCCAGUAUCGAUUACAUUCUCAAGGUGGACUCGUCCGUCAGCCCGAGCACGCCUCCUCAGUCCGGCGAAGUCUCAUCGAUCCGUCGAUUUGGCUUCGCAGCCGACUUCGAGAACCCGGCAAUCUGGAAGAGUCUCCAAGACCGCCUACUCGCCAACUAUGGUGUCCAGCCGUACACUUACGUGCUCGUACCCCAGCAGACAGGCCGCAAGACGUCCAGUGCCAGUCAAGACAAUCAUGGCAUUUUGUCACACUCUGACCUCGUCUCUCAUCUCAAGCAUGUCGACGGUCAAGUGAAGCAGGGCAUUGCAGGCACCUCCGAUGCCCUGGUCCGCGUGGACCGCAAGGGCCGCAAGGUCGUUCAGGUCAAGCUCGUCUCACUGGCCACUGCCGCAUCUGCAAUCCCGAUAGCGUCCAUGCCGUCCAAGGAACCAGUCAGGCCUGUUCGCGGUCCCAUCCAUGGUCUGAUCCGCUCCAGCAACGCCCCCGAAGCCUCGACGGCGAUCAGCGAGCAAGAACGCGUCCCAGGUGGCUAUCCCCUCGCCGAGCCUGUCGUGCCGGAGCUGCUCGCCAAGUCAGCCAGUACGCCUGACGUCGAUAACGAUUCGCCUCCCUCGACGAGUCUCUUUGACGCCUUCCUCGACACCCGCGGCAAAAUCCACUCAGACUUUGCUCGUGCCCUGUCCGCACACACCGACGAGGAGCUUCAAGAAGCAACCGCCAAGGCUCAGCAGAACAUCGCCGAUGCCGCACGCCGUCUCACAGAGACCGUGCCCUUUGUUCGUCACUUCUUGCCGCCUCAACAGUCUGCUGGCUGCGCUGCCCGCGCGCAAGCAUUCACGACAGCAGCUGACUCAAAGGGCUUUUCGCCGGCGCACUCACUUAGCAAAGUAGAGCCAAAGAGUGAUCUGGUAAGCACAGUCAAGAUCAUGCUGUCACAAUUUCUCGAACGUCUCGAUAUCGUGCUCGCCGAGAACCUGGGCGAUCAUGGCAUCAGAGUCAAGCUCGAGAGUUCCUCUGAAGCCGCCGUAUCUAUCGAUGCAGCUGCAGUCACACCGAAUUUGACCGAGCAAGCUCGUCCUGCAUCUCAACCUUCGGCUCUCGCCGCCCAAGUACCCACUCGUCAUGCUGCGACUUGCGAUCUGUGCCAACGUGCCAUCGUGGGCUCGCGCUUCAAGUGCCUCGUCUGCCCCGACUGGGAUGCUUGCAGCGCUUGUCAUGCCAGCGUAUCAGACGUCCACCCCGGUCAUGACUUUGUCAGGAUCGACAGUGCGGAUGCUUUGAUACGCCAUGCCCACCCUCAUAUAGCAGCGGUGCAGCAUCGCGGAAUCCGAUGUGACGGUUGCAACUCAAGCGUCCGUGGCGUUCGAUACAAAUGCGCUAUCUGCCCCGAUUACGAUCUCUGCGAAACUUGCGAGGCGUCCCCGAUCGCUGUUCAUGACGCAACGCAUCUUUUUCUCAAGAUGCGCAAGCCUACUAUCGUCGACGUAUCACAUUUCUGGGAUGAGUCUACUUCUCGCGUCAUGUCUGCGGCCCCACAACCAGCGCACGAGGAGUUUGCCACCGAGGCCCUCUUCAGCAAAUCCGCAUCGGUUCCGGUCAAGCCGGAAAUCAACACACCAGCUGCUCUCAACCCUACCGCUGCUUCCACACCAGCUGCUCUCAAUCCUACCGCUGCUCCUCCCAUUAGAUCCAUACAGGCGCCUGCUCAAGCACCCUCGGCUCCGUCCACACUGACUGUUGCCGCACAAUCGGCCGCUGAUACCUGGGACGCAGCUUUCGUUGCCGAUGUGACGAUACCUGAUGAGACUGUCGUUGCCGCUGGAAGUUGCUUUGACAAGAUCUGGCUUGUGCGCAAUACUGGCACUGCGGCCUGGGACGAUCACACCGCGCUUGUCCAGCUGAACACGUUCACCGACGAGACAGUCAAGGUCGUCUCGCGACAUUUUGGCUGUGCGGCGCCCGGCGAAGUCGUGGAGGUCGCUGCUCGCAACUUGAUCGCGCCUGCAACAGCUGGACGACAUCAAGCCCUGUUUGCAAUGCGCUUCAUCUCGGAAGAUGCGCACGUCAACGAACCCCUUGCAGAGGGAGAUUCGCUUUGGUGCCAGAUCAUCGUCCAAUCAGACGGCAUCAAGUCAAACGAAGGCUCAAUGCAUGCCUCUUCGUCGUUCAUCGUACCCUCUCGACACGCCAGCCCUCUCGAGCAAGGCAGCGUCCAUUCAGCUCUGAUGAGCCCUGCACCGUCUCACCGAAGCACCGUAUCCGGUCUCUCUGUUUCUGCACCACUCACGUCGACUGCAUCGACCAGUGGCGACUCAGCUUUCAGCGUACUUCACUCUGGCGAGAUCGUCGACGAAGAUGAUUACGAUUUGCUGAGCGACGAGAGCGAAUAG